AUGAUUGUCUUGAUGAAUGAUCUAUGGAAUGAUACUGAGUGGGAUUAUGAUGAAUUUGGAAAUUUCAGCGGCACACCACCCACAGAAACAUAUAGUCCCUGUAGGAUACACACUGAGACACUCAACAAGUAUGCAGUGGUGGUCAUCUAUGCCCUGGUCUUCAUGCUGAAUCUGCUGGGAAACUCCCUAGUGAUAGUGGUUGUCUUAUAUAGUCGGAUCAGCCAGUCUGUCACUGACGUCUACCUGCUGAACCUGGCCAUAGCCGACCUGCUCUUUGCCCUGACCUUGCCUCUCUGGGCUGCCUCCAAGGCAAAGGGCUGGAUCUUUGGCACACCCCUGUGCAAGGUGGUCUCGCUCCUGAAGGAAGUCAACUUCUACAGUGGUAUUUUACUACUGGCCUGCAUCAGCGUGGACCGCUACCUGGCCAUUGUCCAUGCCACACGCACGCUGACCCAGAAGCGGCACUGGGUCAAGUUCAUAUGCUUAGGCAUCUGGGCCCUGUCCCUGAUCCUGUCCCUACCCAUCUUCGUCUUCCGCAGGGCCAUCAAUCCCCCCUACUCUAGCCCAGUCUGCUACGAGGACAUGGGUGCCAAUACGACAAAACUGCGGAUAGUGAUGCGGGCCCUGCCCCAGACCUUUGGCUUCCUCCUGCCGCUCGUGGUCAUGCUGUUCUGCUACGGGCUCACCCUGCGCACCCUGUUUGAGGCCCACAUGGGGCAGAAGCACCGGGCCAUGCGGGUCAUCUUCGCUGUCGUGCUUGUCUUCCUGCUCUGUUGGCUGCCCUACAACCUGGUCCUGGUCGCAGACACCCUCAUGAGGCUCCGGGUGAUCAAGGAGACUUGUGAGCGCCGCAAUGACAUUGGCCGGGCCCUGGAUGCCACCGAGAUUCUGGGCUUCCUCCACAGCUGCCUCAAUCCCUUCAUCUACGCCUUCAUUGGCCAGAAGUUUCACCAUGGACUCCUCAAGAUCAUGGCCUUCCAUGGGCUCAUCAGCAAGGAGUACUUGUCCAAGGACGGCAGGCCUUCCUUUGUUGGCUCUUCUUCAGCAAACACUUCUACUACCUUCUAAGCGCCCCCGGCCCUGCUGCAGCCCCUCGGGGCUCCUCCCUCACCAUCAGCAUCGCGUUCCGAGCCUCAUGUCCACUGGCUGUUCACAGUCUCUGUGUCAAGGCAGCCCCCGGGUGUGGUUACAGGAAGUUACUGGGGCCACGUCCUUUUCAGGCCCUUUGUACAGUUUAGAAAGCCUGCCCUGGUUCCCCAGCCCUAACUAUACUUACUCUGUCAGCUGCUAGAGCUCAGUCCAUCCUACCACUGAGCCCACAGCACUCUGUUCUCUGAGGCAGUUAAAGACAUUUAAAAGGCAUUCCUUCAAGUGA